CUGCUCCACACCGCGACCUUGACGGAGCUGAGUGAGGAGGCGUUCAGGGGAAACCUGACAGGAAGAACCCCAGAACCCGGAGUUAUCUGUCCCCGGACUGUCCCCGCGGCCGGCCGGACCUCAGCAGCACUUCCCGCGGGGAGAGCAGCCCGUGGCCGAGGCGGGAACCCCCGGACCCGGGUCCGGGAAACCAGCGGGGGGGCUAGGCUAGGCUAGGCUAGCGCCCACACCAGGGGCUUAAAGUCUCUGAAAAGUUAGUGAGAGACCACCCAGGUCCAGCCCGAACCUCCGCCCGGAACACCAGGGGAACUCUGGGGCCAUUCAGCGCUGAUCCUCCCACCAUGUAGGAGGAGAGCUGGCCUGGAGGGUCGGUGCUGCUAGUCGGGCUGUUAGCUGCUAGCUGCCAGGUGUGUGCUGCUGCUGCUGCUGCUCCGGUCCUGACAUGCUCCGGUCCCGGACCCGGACCCGGUCCCGGGCCGGGGCUGCGGGCUGAGGGGGCAUGGAGGCAGAGCCGCCGGCACCAGCAGCUCCAUCAGCUCCAGCAGCAGCAGCAGCAGCUCCGCGGGCUUACAUAACAGCAGGUCGGGGGGGGUUCGGACAUCACCUCCUCCUCAUCCUCCUCCUCCUCCUCUCAGCUGGCUCUGACAGCUGCAGACUGCUCUCUGCACACACACACACACACACACACACUCACUCACACACACACUCACACUCACACACACACUCUCACACACACUCACACACACACACACUGGGCCUGACGACAGCAGCAGCAGCAUGGGAGAGGGCUGUUCCUGCUGAAGAUGGAGACCAACCCGCUCAUCAACGCCAUGGACCCGUCCAUCACGCUGUGGCAGUUCCUGCUGCACCUGCUGGAGGACCAGCGGCAGCGGCACCUCAUCUCCUGGACGGGUGAGGACGGGGAGUUCAAGCUGAUCGAUGCCGAGGAAGUGGCUCGACUGUGGGGCCUCCGCAAGAACAAGCACAACAUGAACUACGACAAGCUGAGCCGGGCGCUCAGAUACUACUACGACAAGAACAUCAUCAAAAAGGUCAGCGGCCAGAAGUUUGUGUACAAGUUUGUGAGUCAGCCGGACCCCUCCCUGCCCGAGGGGGGAAGGGGCGCUGACGACAGCCAGAGGGGAGAAACCGCCGACCGUAACGGCCAGUCAAAAGGGCCAGGGGGUGUGGUUUCCACCUGUCCAUCAAAGGCCUUACCUCAGCGUUCGUCGCCCUGCAGCUCCCAGAGGAGCUCCAGGAACGACUACAUGAAGUCCGGUCUGUACUCCACCUUCACCAUCCAGUCCCUGCAGACGCCACCCAACCCACGGCCGGUCAAAUCAGAGCUCCUGCUUCAACAAGACUCCGGCCCUAAGGUUGACCGCACAUCCAGAGAGGUUUGUGUCGUCUCAGACUCAUCCUCUCCGACUGGGGAUACUGCUCUCCAGGUGAUCAUACCUCAGACGUCUCCAUGUCAGACCCCGGCACUGAGCCCGCAGAUACCAGCCAACUCCACCAGCCAAUCGCAGAACCCACCAGGAGCCCAUCUGUGUGACCCUCCCCAGAUUUACCUCACCAAUGUUGGAGACCCAUCCUCCCUCACUCCCCUCCUUCCUCUUGCACCUGUCGGGGGGGCGGGGACCCCCCCCGGGCCGCAGCAGGACGACUGCAGCGUAGUCACCAACGCUGCCACAUUCCCCUCACACCCCCACGCUGCUCCGCACCCGACUCACCCUCCACCGGUCUUCGUCAUCAUCAAUCCGCCUUCAGCCCAGCAGCCCCCACCUCACCAGCAGCACGCAGCGAUCACAGCUGCUCCUCCCCCCGCCCGUCCCCCUCCUCCCCCCAUCAUCAUCAAAGAGGAGAACCUGCCGUCAGAGGUGCUGGAGAUAGUGACUCUGGAGAGGGAGCAGGGCGAGGAGGUUCCUCAGCUUAUCUGUGGAUCAGGAGAACCAGAGCCCCCCCUCACCAUCGUGGAGAGCCCACCCAGCACCGAGCCCGAGGUUGAAGUUGAGGGGGGAGCAGGGGCGAGCAGGGGGGGCACCAAAGACUCGCAAACAGAUUCCUCCGACCCUCCGGUGACCCCCUCCACAGCGGUGACCUCGCCCUCCGACGCCGCUCCUCCCAAAGCCAAGAAGCCCCGGGGUCUGGAGCUGCCCUCCUCUCCCUCCCUCCCACCCGGCCUUUCCCUGGAUAAGGUGAACGCCGCUGUCAAUAGUUUACUGGCUCCUGGAUCGGCAACCAACACGCUCACGCCAACCGUCAUCACCUCCCACGCUCUGACUCCCGUCCUGCUGACCCCCAGCGCUCUUCCCUCCACCAUCCACUUCUGGAGCACACUCAGUCCCAUCGCUCCUCGCUCGCCGGCCAAGCUCUCCUUCCAGUUCCCCACCAACGGCAGUAAUCAGAUCCACAUCCCAGCUCUGAGCGUGGACGGCCUCUCCACACCCGUGGUUCUCUCUCCCGGCCCUCAGAAGCCCUGAGCUCCCACCUGCCUGGCCGGACCAGCCCCCUCCCCCUCCUGGGAGUCGGAGGAGACCUGGAUCUGGACUGAAACCUCCAGCACUGCUUGCCUGGGAGGUCUGAUGAUGAUGUGGAGGCUCGGACUGGUAGAGAAUCGGACAGAAUAACGGGCUCAGCUGAUUCUUUUUAAACGUGUAGGUAGCAGGUCAAGCUCCGCCUCCCCAUCGUCUCCUUCAGAGGUUCGUAGUGACGCUCAGCCUCCGGGCGGGGGGCGCCGUCAGGAAACCUGAAGAAUCCCCAACGUCAGGACCGACGGCAUUGAGAGGAGGGGGAGGAUCUUUACCUCUGGUGUUUGUUUUGUUCUGAAACCAUGGCAACAGCUGAGGGAUGUGGCUGGUGGAUGACAGCAGACGGCUGGAGGUCAGCGGCGGUCUGUCUGAAGCGUUGGAGGCGGAUCUUUUCAGGGCUUUCUGCGCUGGUUUAUUUCCGUGGCCUGUUGUCGGGGGCACUUUUCUCAGCAGAUUGAUUUCUUGUUUUUUUUUUUUUACCUGUUUAUUCUGAACCAGCCGCGACGUCUUCACGCCCCUGGUAGACGUUUCUUUCAGCUCCAGGAGAGGCGUUCCAGUUGAACUUUUGUUUGUUCUUUCAGAAACAACUUGGAAGGCCAUCGAAGGAGCGUUUUCUUUGCUCUCGUUGGCUGCUUUUUAGGCCACGCCUUUCUCCAGUUAUGCACGGCAUGUCAUUGGACCGAGCUCCUCCGUGUCAUGUUGAGCUGAUCAAUCACAGAAGAACGAUGCUGGCUGUGAUGGAGGUUUAAUCAGCCAAGUUCUUUCUCUCUAAAAGCCUCUAAAUGUGACAGGUUUUGUAUUUUAUUGAGCACACGGUCACAUUCCUUUGGUUUUACCAAGUUUAACUGGUUUUAUGUCAUCGAUUAGUGGCUGAUCAUCAUCAGCGGUGUUAAGGUGGAGCAGCCUGGGUGAAUGAAUGUGUAAAUAUUGAGCUUUGUUGCUGAAGGCCUCAGAUCCACAGACUCGUAGACCUGCAGAGACUCGAGUUCCCCAUCUGAGACGCCGCCGGAAGAGAUUCUCAAAGCUCCACGCGCCAGAGUGAUGUGGAUGUUGCGGCGGUCGAGUCCGGUGGAGAGAACACCAACAUCAGACUCACCUGUGACGAGAAAACCGCGGCCUUGAAGACAGAAACACAGUUUGAACAGAAGCGAGACAAUCAGUUAGAUUAAAUCAAUGUGUUUAACAUAACAUAAACUGGUAACUGCAAGACCUGCAGAGACCAGAACCAGCUGUUGCACUUUUCCACAGACUCAAGCCUGGAAAAGAUGAGGACGAUGGAGAAAGUGAAACCUGCAAAAAGAAAGCAGAGCUGCCUGUUUCCAUGGAGACCGUUUAAACCCAGGAUGUUGCAUGUUUUUUCUCAUUAGCGUCAUCUCGUUUCCGUUUUCCCUCCAGACCUGAAACUCGUCCCAACCAAUGUUGGGGUAAAAACCUUCUUAUCAUGUCUCCGUCCUCUUUCACACCCGUGACACCGAGGACAGCAGGCCACGCCGACUUCAGGAGUCAUUUUAUGUCGCUGGCGUGUGUAGAUGCAGUUUUACGAUUGUUUACGUUCUUAUCGUUUCUUGUGGAACGCCGUCAGCUGGAGUGUUUGUUCGGAUUCAAAGUCUGCAGCUGGACGGGUACGUUUGAAACCCCCUGAUGUGUUCAGGCUCCGCCCAUUUUAUCGAGGACCCGUCCACUGUGACAUAAAACUUUCACAGAAUGCACUUCGCAUCAGCCAACAGAAGUGAUGGCGGCGGGAAAGUUAAAAGGAGUAAAAAUGAACGUCAAAACGUUGACCUUAUUUACAACGGCUGAGGAGUCCGGUCUGAGUCGAAUCAGGGCUCAGAUGGUUUGUCUUUAUCUUCAUGAGUCCUCCGAUGUUCCAGCUGCAGAAGAACCCAACCGGGUCCUCCAAAGCACCCUCUCCUCUUUUACUUGUCGAGACUGAACCGCCUGGUACACAAGUCCUAAUUUGAGGUCCUACUUGGUACUGAAAACCAGUUGGCUGUUGAAACGUACAUGGAGCAGAUGUUGAUCUAACAUUUCAGUGGACUUUUCUGCAACAAUGCUGCCAUCACAGAAGCGGAAACAAGCACGACCACUGAUGCGACCGCAGACUAUCACUAAGUCUGGAUUCUCAAGGCAGAAGAAGACGGUCUGGCCGAUCCGUUUCCUCCGUUCUACAAGACCCACGGAGACCAGAUCCGGAAUACCGAUGGAGAAAUAAAUCAGUGUCAUCUGCAUAUGACCUGACAGAAGUCCUUAUACAGAGUCGUGGGGUACUCCUCAGUAGGUGCAGUAAAUGUCCAUCCAGAUGCCGUCAAGUCCAGAGACAUCUCCUCUGAAAAAGUUAAACAUCGAUCAACAGUGUUGAGGCAUCUGGGGUUCCUGGGAUGGUUUGAUGAGAUUCUGCUCUGUAGAAGAACGUUUUCUUAAACAUUUUAGUGAUUUUCUCACGUUUGUUUUCAAAAUGGAGAUCUUCUGUCCAUCUUUAAAGGGGACCUAUUAUGAAAAACACGUUUUUUCUUUCUUUAACAUCUAUAAAGUGGUCUCCCCUCAGCCUGCCAACUCAGAGAAGGAGGAAAGCAACCACAUUCAGCAGUGUCUGUACAGCAGCCCGGAUGAGCCAUCCAGGCUGAUGUGGCUUCUACGAGCCGUUCACCAAAAUGCGAUUUACAUCGGUUGGCCUCCGAUGCAUGAAACCACGCCCACAACUAACUCUGGCCGGAACAACAACAACAACUCUGCCGGCCGGAGCUUCUGCCAUUUUUUCGUAGAGGUGUAUGUGUUAUGUGAUAUUCAGGCAGCACAGAGCCUCAUUAUCAUAGCCUCCCCGCCCACUCAGAAUCCCACAUUGAUAAUGAGGUUAGAGAAUGGGAAGAUAAAGACAUGGCUCAGAGGCUGAAUUUCUAAUUUAAUUAGCAAAAACAAUCAAAAGCUUGUUUUUAAGACAUUCAAGGCCUGUUUAAAAUAGGUAUUAGAUGUCAUAAUAGGUCCCCUUUAACUCCUCAGAGGCUCUGCCUUUUCGUUAAUGCUUCUGUAUCAAGGCAUGAAGGUCACCUGACCCUACUUGUGCUACGUGUUUCCAAAGACUGGUUUUUAGAAAACAUUGGUGUAAAUGAACAAAAAACAUUGAGUAGAAAAGCAUGAAUAUGUUGGGUUGAGACGGUCUGCAAGGAAACGGCGGUGAAAGCUACCAGAGGAGCGCCGCGGCGUCCUUCCUCACUUUGUUCCAGCCUUUUCUGAUCUACACUUCAACAAACAACGUUCACAACGAGGCUGAACUGUGUCCACACACACUCUAAUUUAAAAAAGACUGUUCUUACUAUUGUUGCUCUUGAUGCUAGCUGCGGUUGCCUUGGCAACCCGAUUCGACUGUUUGUUCAUCUGCAGGUUGCUGUUGUUGCUGCUGUAAAUUUGUUUCUAUGCUUCUGUGUGACAACGAGGCUGACGCCCACAAGCACACACACAGACACACACAGACACACACACACACACACACACACACACACACACACACACACACACACACACACACACACACAUAUACACCAAUGCACACGCACAGCUGGAGCUUCAGGAACUGUGUGAGACUGUUUACCAAGUUUGUUUGACUCGACUGCAUCUGGACAGGAAGUUGAACGCCACAGCGUUUCACUGCGGUGGUGUAGAUCCACUCAGGGUGAUGAUGGAUCCACCCGUUCAGUCGGACCGAACCAAACCAGAACCUUGCGUCAGCCUGAGUUUGGCUUGGACUCAUCUGUGUGAGUUUAGCCUCGGAUCAGUUCCUAUCGCCAAGAUUUCCCAGCUUCAGCGGUGCCGUAAAUGCAGCACCAAGCCAUCGUGUUGGACUGUUCUCUUCGUUACAGCAUGACUCUAUUUUUUUAUCAGAGUACUUGUUUAUAUUGUGUACCAAGUUUAAAGAAUGACAAAGCCUUAAAGAUUUAAACGCAGAAGAAAGAUGUUUUUUAAAGAUUUUACGCACCGUGCAUCUUACAGAGCAUGACCAAGAAAAACAAGCCAUUUAUGCUCAAAAUCAUCGACGUAUUUGACAUGAACUGAACAUUUGUUUCCUCACCAGCACAACACGAAGAAUGUCUGCCUUGAUUAGUAACAGCAUUGCAUUCUGGGUAAAAGUUCAAGCAAAGCUUUUGGCUUUUUCUGUUAAAAAUAAAGCAGCUUCAGGAGGAGGAGUUGAAGCGUCAGACUUUCAGAGAUGUCGCAGCGUUUUGUUGCACUACACGUGAAUGCCCUGCAGGUGGCAGCAGACGCCGGAGCCCCGUUCAGGCUGGAUGCAUCGGUGGGGGUGCCACGUGGUUGUUUUCCUUUUCUUCUUUCAGUCUGCCUCUGCUGCACUUUCUAGCAAACAAACAAGUUAAGUUGAUGUCAUUGAGUCGUCACUUUUAUUCAAGGACGGAGGAAAGAAGGACCGGUCCUGGUCAACUGCAGCAUAGUGACACCCAGCAGGGUCUGGGUCCCGUCUGGGGUAAAACUGGGCCUCCCCGUGACUUGGGCUUGAAAUGUCAUAGGUCCUUAUUAAAGGUCCACAAAUGGGACGUCUAUGUGGCCCCAAAUACAAGGGCCCCAUGAGGGACACUAGUGGACUCAGUUUCCAUGAGUCCCUUAUAGUUUUAAAAACUCAUGCCCCAUAUUAGAGGCUACGCCUGAAAACCAGGUAGAUCCCCGUCAGAGUCCGUACGGACAAACGGGUCGGACUGCCGGGGAACCUGAGGGAAAACUCACAUGGGACCCAUUUUGCAGCUUACUUUUAUCUCAGGUGGGGCCCAGGUAUGAUCGGUGCUGGAGAGACGCCAAAGUAAACGACUAGACGGGUACAAAGACAACAACACGAGUCUUUUAUCAGGAAAUUAAACAUUAAGAUGUGUUGGUCUCGAUGACUGCUCUAGCUUAAAUCAGUACCCUUGCUGUCUGGUCACUCUCAGACUUGGGCUCGUGCUAGACUCCUUUCUUUGUCCCAGUAAAAAUCCAGUCCGUCCGAUGGGAUGGUGUCUGCUUUCAGCUUGUUAGCGCCGGCCUUUUCUGGUUGGCCUAUUACACCUCACACGAAGCAGUUGACAACCUUUGGUGUCUCUGCUGUAGGAAUUUGGAGCAGCGGUUCACUGGACAGACCCGAACCCGGGGAGCUGUGUAGCGGGCCAGUUCCAGGGCAGUUAAACGUUUACCUUAUCUCAACCACAUCUUCUGGGUUAGUCCAGCUAUGAUAACUUUGGUUCAGUCCCAUUAACGGUUAAGAUAUUACCAUUUAAUCUUAGCAUUUAAAACUGGUUUCAGUCGGACAAAUGCAAUAAAAACAUGAUUGAAACGUAUAUCUGAGCAUCAUCUGCAUAACAGUGAAUGUUUAAGCCAUGCUGCUUGGUAAUAGUUGAUGGGAGAGUGAAAAGUAUUGGUCCCAAGUCCGGAACCUUGUGGAACACCGAGACCACCUGUGGUGUGGAAGAAAGAUGCCUUCAUAGCUGCAAUCUGCUGGUAAAUCCGACUUAAACCAGGCUAAUUAGUUUCCUGUAAUCCUUAUGCUAAUCAGUGCUGAGACCAGAACCGGCACAAAUUCUGGUCCGUCCGAGGUCUAGAGGGACCAGCACAGACACCAGUCCAGCAUCUGAGGUGACUGAACUGAGACGUCUGCAGAGGGGACAGGUGUUUUUCCUCAUUCGUUUCUCAAAGACCCCCCCCACCACCACCACAUUUUUAAGGUCUGAACGGGGCUUCAUCCAGAAAACGGGCAUCUCCAAGGUCUCACAGUUAGACGCACUACUGCGAUGAUGUUGAGACUUGGUAAACUGGUCCAGUUUUCUGUGUCUAAUGAUCCAGAAUCACCUUCACAGCUGUGCUUUUUCAUGUUUGAAGAAACGCUUUGCUUGCAGGGUUUUAAACGUCUUCAGAGUGUUUAACGGAGACUUCAGACGAGAGCCAAGUUUCGUGUGGAUUCAAGAAAUGUUUUGGGAGCAGGUGAAGCUUGCUCCCAGCUGUAACAAACACUGAAAUUCCUCGAAGUUUCCUGAUAUUUGUAACCUCCAGUGAGGGGCCGUCAGGUGAUCCGGAGCUUCCUGUCCGACUGGUUAGAGCUUAGAGCUGCAGUUUGUCCUGCAACAGUUUCAGGAUGUUGACGUACUUGACUGUGGGCGGGGGCUGAGGCGUAGCAGCGGGUCCACCGAAAAACAUCAGGUCCUGAAGCAAGAGUGUAGUACAGGACGGUACAAAUGGCCUCCUGAUUAGGCGAGGUUUGGUCUCCACAAGGACACUGGUCUCAAGGUCAGAACUGAAAUAAGUCAUCGUGAGGUAGCAAAAACCGGUGUGUACACACACACUUUGCUACACUUUGCGCUGCUCCAGCCGUUUAUCUGACGCUGCAUUUAAACUGCAGGUCACAAUGUCAAAUUCUGAUCAUCUUUAAAAAGCACUUAUUUUCUUGCAGUUUGCAGCAAAAAUGCACCGAAUUGACUGAAUGUGAGCACAGCAGCGCUACAGGUAGUCCUGUAAUGUCGGUGAAGGUAUCCGUUGUUCGACUGUCAUCGGCUCCGCCUCACACCACAUCUGCGUUAUUUGCUCUGUUGCCAUGUCCCAUUUCAAGGGAACCUGAAGCAGAGCAGAUCCCAUGAUGCACUGCUGCAGGGUGAGAUCAGGCAGGAAGCUCCGGACGCCUCUUUGUUUCUGGAAUCUUCUCUGUACAUACGUGAACUCUCCGUGUAACCUGAACGUGUGGGCCUGUAUGACGUGUACCAUGUGACAGGCCUGACACAUGACGUGUUGUUUCUGUGGCCUGACGUCGUUCCCCAGAGCCGUGUGACCCCGCCCAUCCUCGGCUGUGCCGGCCGGGGAGUUGAUUGAUGUAAGGGCCGGGGUCUGAAUUUAUUUUUCUGGGACUGACUUAUAAGUGUUUAACAUGUUAUUACUGGAAAUGUUGAAAAGAAGCUAUUUUUUAUGAACAUAACUUUAACUUUCAGAGUUGUAAAUGUUAUUUUCUACAAUGUUGCACACACACACACACACACGCUGGGAGGACGGUAAUAAAACAAUUUAGU